GCGAAAAAAUAUCUAAAUUCCUGGAUAACAAAAUAAAAGACAGAACAGAAGAGGUUAUGAAUAACCGAAACUUUCAUUCAGUUCGUCUAUCCAAUCCAAUCUGUUAUAGUUCCACUUUCUUCCACACUACACAUUAACACAUUGGGCUCGACUCAAAUGAUAAAUGUUGCAUUUUACAAUUGCAAGAGACCCUGAGCUGAACAAACAUGUCUGUCCCUGUCCCUGUCUCUGUCUCUGUCUCUGGUUCAGGGUUACUUAGUUUUCCUUCAAUUCAGCGACCACAUUCCAACCCUCCACCCAAACACGCCGCACUUCCUUCCACUUCCCCUGAACCCGACACUGAUACUAAUUCCUCUUCAGAACCCAACACCGUUAAACCCGUCAAGUUCAUCUACACCAGAGCAUCGCCUUCAAUAAGAUGGCCCCACCUCAAACUCUCCCAAACCUACCCUUCCACGCAACCCCACUUUCCCCAAAACGACAUUUUCCCCUCCAAAACUCCACCUUCCGAGUCCCCAGAAGAAGAAUCCCCAAAACCUGUUGUAAACGACGACGACGACAACGAAGCCCAAGAAGCCUUAGGGAGACGCAGCAAGACAAGGGUUAAAAAAAUGAACAAAUUGGCACUGAAAAGGGACAAGAAUUGGAGGGAAAGAGUGAAGUACUUAACGGACACCAUUCUGGCGUUGAAGUCGGAGGAGUUCGUGGCGGGUGUGUUGGAAGAACGCAGAGUUCAGAUGACACCUACCGAUUUCUGCUUUGUGGUCAAAUGGGUGGGUCAACAAAACUGGCAACGCGCGCUUGAACUCUACGAGUGCUUGAAUUUGCGGCACUGGUAUGCACCCAAUGCCAGAAUGGUUGCAACCAUCUUGGGUGUGUUGGGAAAGGCCAAUCAAGAAGCACUUGCUGUUGAAAUCUUCGCCAGGGCUGAGUCAAGUGUAGGGGACACGGUUCAAGUCUACAAUGCCAUGAUGGGUGUGUAUGCCCGCAAUGGUCGCUUCAGUAAGGUAAAGGAGCUGCUUGAUUUAAUGCGUGAGAGAGGGUGUGUGCCUGACCUUGUCAGUUUCAAUACUUUGAUUAAUGCAAGGAUGAAGAGUGGCGCAAUGGAGCCUAAUUUGGCUCUUCAGCUGUUGAAUGAAGUGAGGAGGUCCGGGAUUAGGCCGGAUAUAAUAACUUACAAUACCCUUAUAAGUGCUUGCUCUAGGGAAUCCAAUUUGGAGGAGGCAGUUGCGGUUUUCAGUGAUAUGGAGUCUCACCGGUGUCAGCCGGACCUGUGGACUUACAAUGCUAUGAUUUCAGUGUAUGGUAGAUGUGCGCGUGCUAGGAAAGCCGAGGAGCUGUUUAAAGAAUUGGAGUCUAAAGGGUUUUUUCCUGAUGCUGUGACUUAUAAUUCUCUCUUGUAUGCUUUUUCUAGAGAAGGGAACACGGAAAAAGUAAGGGAUAUUUGUGAAGAGAUGGUGAAAAGGGGGUUUGGCCAGGAUGAGAUGACAUACAACACUAUCAUACACAUGUAUGGGAAGCAAGGCCGGCAUGAUCAGGCAAUGCAGAUUUAUAGAGACAUGAAGUCUUCUGGUAGGAAUCCUGAUGCGGUUACGUAUACUGUUUUGAUAGAUUCACUUGGAAAAGCAAGUAAGGUUGAGGAAGCUGCAAAUGUGAUGUCGGAAAUGCUGGAUGCAGGAGUCAAGCCCACUUUGCACACGUAUAGUGCUUUGAUUUGUGCUUAUGCAAAGGCUGGAAAGCGAGAAGAGGCUGAAGAGACAUUUAAUUGCAUGCGUAGAUCAGGGAUCAAACCUGAUCGUCUGGCGUUCUCAGUUAUGUUGGAUUUCUUUCUGAGAUUCAAUGAGAUGAAAAAGGCUAUGGGGUUGUAUCAUGAAAUGAUUCGUGAAGGUUUCACGCCAGAUAAUGGUCUCUAUGAGGUCAUGAUGCAUGCACUUGUGAGGGAAAACAUGUGGGAUGUUGUUGACAGAAUUAUUAGAGAUAUGGAAGAACUGAGUGGUAUGAAUCCACAAGUUAUUUCGUCGGUUCUUGUUAAGGGGGGAUGUUAUGAUCAUGCUGCUAAAAUGUUGAAAGUUGCCAUCAGCAAUGGCUAUGAAUUGGAUCAUGAAAUUUUUUUAUCGAUCAUGAGUUCUUAUAGCUCAUCUGCUAGAUAUUCAGAAGCAUGUGAACUUCUUGAAUUCUCGAGAGAACAUGCUCCAAAUGAUAUUCAAAUGAUCACAGAAGCACUCAUCAUUAUACUUUGUAAGGCUAAAAAGUUAGAUGCAGCCUUGGAGGAAUACAGAAGUAAAGGAGAACUUGGUCAAUUUAGAAGUUGUACAAUGUAUGAAUCUCUUAUUCAGGAAUGUAUACAGAAUGAACUCUUCGAUGUAGCUUCUCAGAUUUUCUCUGACAUGAGAUUCAAUGGUGUUGAGUCAUCUGAAUGUCUGUACCAAGGUAUGGUGUCAGUCUACUGUAGAAUGGACUUACCUGAGACAGCCCACCAUUUGUUGUAUCAUGCAGAGAAAAAUGGUAUUAUUCUUGAUAAUGAUAUAUCUGUUUACAUUGAUAUCGUUGAAACAUAUGGGAAGUUAAAGAUAUGGCAAAAGGCAGAAAGCUUAGUGGGGAGUCUCAGGCAAAGAUGUUCAAAAAUGGAUAGGAAGGUGUGGAAUGCUCUAAUACAUGCUUAUGCAUUCAGUGGUUGUUACGAACGAGCUAGAGCUAUUUUUAACACAAUGAUGAGAGAUGGCCCUUCUCCAACUGUAGAUUCCGUAAAUGGUCUAUUACAGGCUUUAAUUGUUGACAGGAGACUGAAUGAGCUUUAUGUUGUAAUCCAGGAAUUGCAAGACAUGGGAUUAAAGAUUAGUAAAAGUUCUAUUCUUUUGACGCUUGAAGCAUUUGCUCAGGCAGGGAACUUAUUUGAGGUACAGAAAAUAUACAAUGGAAUGAAAGCUGCUGGUUAUUUUCCUACCAUGCAUGUUUACAGAAUUAUGCUUAGAUUGCUGUGUAAAUGCAAAAGAGUAAGGGAUGUAGAAACAAUGUUAUGUGAGAUGGAAGAGGCAGGAUUUCAGCCCGAUCUUCAAAUUUGCAAUUCUAUACUUAAAUUAUAUUUAGGUAUUGAAGAUUUUAAAAGCAUGGGUAUCAUUUACCAGAAGAUUCAAGAUGCUAGUCUUAAACCAGAUGAAGAAACAUAUAAUACAUUAAUUAUAAUGUACUGCAGAGACCGUAGACCGGAAGAAGGUUUUUCAUUGAUGAAUAAAAUGAGAAGCCUUGGUCUGGAGCCUAAGCUGGACACAUACAGAAGCUUGAUCACAGCAUUUAAUAAGCAACGCAUGUACGAACAGGCUGAGGAACUUUUUGAAGAGCUUAGAUCAAAUGGUUAUAAACUGGACCGUGCUUUUUAUCAUUUAAUGAUGAAAACGUAUAGAACUUCUGGGGAUCAUCGGAAAGCUGAAAAUCUACUGGCCAUAAUGAAAGAAUCAGGGAUAGAGCCCACUAUUUCCACCAUGCAUUUGCUUAUGGUUUCUUACGGUAAAUCUGGGCAGCCUGAGGAAGCCGAGAAUGUCCUUAAAAACUUGAGAACAACUGGAGUGGUUCUGGAUACAUUACCUUAUAGCUCUGUUAUUGAUGCGUAUCUCAAAAAAGGAGAUUUUAAAGCUGGAAUUGAAAAACUCACAGAGAUGAAGGAAGCAGGCAUAGAACCAGACCAUCGAAUAUGGACAUGCUUUAUCAGAGCUGCAACCUUGUCUGAGGGAACAAAUGAAGCCAUUGUUCUUUUAAAUGCACUCCAAGAUGCUGGAUUUGAUCUACCGAUCAGGCUUCUAAAAGAAAAAUCUGAGUCACUAGUUUCAGAAGUUGACCAAUGUCUGGAGAGACUGGAACCUGUGGAAGACAAUGCAGCCUUUAACCUUGUCAAUGCUUUGGUGGAUCUCUUGUGGGCAUUUGAACUCCGGGCUACUGCAUCAUGGGUUUUCCAAUUAGCAAUCAAAAGAAGCAUUUAUCGCCAUGAUAUUUUUAGAGUUGCUGAUAAGGACUGGGGGGCUGAUUUUAGAAAACUAUCUGCUGGUUCAGCUCUUGUUGGUCUUACGUUAUGGCUUGACCACAUGCAGGAUGCCUCCUUGCAGGGUUAUCCAGAGUCACCAAAAUCAGUUGUACUUAUAACGGGAACAGCAGAGUAUAACAUGGUAUCUCUUGACAGCACAUUGAAGGCAUGCCUUUGGGAAAUGGGAUCGCCUUUUCUUCCUUGUAAGACACGACAAGGCAUCCUUGUGGCCAAGGCUCACUCUCUCAGGAUGUGGCUAAAAGACUCCCCAUUUUGCUUGGAUCUGGAGUUAAAAGAUGCUCCUAGUCUCCCCGAGUUAAAUUCGAUGCGGCUUAUAGAAGGGUGCUUCAUAAGGCGUGGCCUUGUUCCAGCAUUCAAGGAAAUUACUGAGAAACUUGAGAUAGUGAGUCCCAAGAAAUUUUCCAAAUUGGCUUUAUUACCAGAUGAUCAGAGAAGUAAAACCAUUCAAGCUUAUAAGGAGGGAAGGAAAGAGAAAUUGGAAAAAAGCAAGAAAGUUGUUGACCCCAAACGGCUGAAGAAGAUCAGGAUGAUCAGGAAGCUCAAGAGAAGGAAGUAUUUUCGGGAACAGGCCAUUCCAAAUGCAAUUGGGAAACAGAAGACUUUCAAACCACUUGGUGCCGAACGAGCACCGUAAUGAAAUGCCAAACCCUGCAUUCUGCAAGCUUACAUUGUACAGAUAGCAAUCUGCCUGACAUAAACAAGAACUGUAAACAAAAAAAAAAAUGUUGUGACUGUCAUUUCUAAUCCAUCACCGAAAUGUUCAUUGCAUUGUAUUUGUAUGGUCCUGUAUAAAGUUCAUAAACCAGAAGAAUUGUCUAACUCCGGGUUUGUGGUGUGAAUGAAGUGAUAUUCGUUGAACGUGAAUUAGCACAAUUGCUCCUUUUC